AAGAACAGGAAAAGAAAAAUCGCCCAGCAACACCUGGGGCAUCCUCAGCAGAAACACAUGAACAAGGAAAAAACAGAAUUGAAAAUCCAACAGGACAGGAAUAGAUGUCACAUGAAAGAACUCAUGCAAGGGAGAAACCAAAUAAAUGCAUGUCACCUCAGUAGACAUCAAAUAACUCAUAUAGAGCAGAAAGAGUAUCCAUGCAUGGAAUGUGGAAAGAGCUUCAGCCGGAAGGAUCACUUGCAUUCACAUCAACGAACUCACACUGGGGAGAAACCAUAUAAAUGCAUGGAAUGUAGAAAGAGCUUCAGACACAGCAGUUACCUUAGUUCACAUCAAAGAACUCACACUGGGGAGAAACCAUAUACAUGCAUGGAUUGUGGAAAGAGCUUUGGUCACAGUAGUUACCUUAGUUCACAUCAAAGAACUCACACUGGGGAGAAACCAUAUACAUGCAUCAAAUGUGGAAAGAGUUUCAGUCACAGUAGUCACCUGAGUUCACAUCAAAGAACUCACACUGGAGAGAAGCUGUAUAAUUGUAUGGAAUGUGGAAAGAGCUUCAGUCGGAGUGGUCAUCUGAGUUCACAUCAAAGAACUCACACUGGGGAGAAACCAUAUAAAUGCAUGGAAUGUGGAAAGAGUUUCCGUCUCAGUAGUGUACUGAUUUCACAUCACAGAACUCACACUGGGGAGAAACCAUAUGAAUGCAUGGAAUGUGGAAAGAGUUUCUGUCUCAGUAGUGUCCUGAUUUCACAUCACAGAACUCACACUGGGGAGAAACCAUAUACAUGCAUGGAAUGUGGGAAGACCUUCAGUCAGAGCAGUGCCCUGAGUUUACAUCACGGUACUCACACUGGGAAUAAACCAUAUGCAUGCAUGGAAUGUGGGAAGAACUUCAGUUGUAGGAGUCACCUGAGUUCACAUCAAAGAACUCACACUGGGGAGAAACCAUAUACAUGCAUGGAAUGUGGGAAGAACUUCAGUUGUAGGAGUCACCUGAGUUCACAUCAAAGAACUCACACCGGAGAGAAGCGGUAUACAUGCAUGGAAUGUGGAAAGAGUUUCAGUCACAGCACCAUUUUAGUUACACAUCAAAGAACUCACACUGGGGAAAAACUGUAUAACUGCAUGGAAUGUGGAAAGGGCUUCAGUUACAGCAGUGAACUGAGUAGACAUCAGAGAACUCACACUGGGGAGAAACCAUAUACAUGCAUGGAAUGUGGAAAGUGUUUCAGUCAGAGCAGUGCCCUGAAUUCACAUCAAAGAACUCACACCGGGGAAAAACCAUAUCAAUGCAUAGAAUGUGGAAAGAGUUUCAGUCAGAGCUGUCAACUGAGUUCACAUCAAAGAACUCACACCAGGGAGAAACCAUAUCAGUGCAUAGAAUGUGGAAAGAGUUUCAGUCAGAGCUGUCAACUGAGUUCACAUCAAAGAACUCACACCAGGGAGAAACCAUAUCAGUGCAUAGAAUGUGGAAAGAGUUUCAGUCAGAGCUGUCAACUGAGUUCACAUCAAAGAACUCACACCAGGGAGAAACCAUAUCAGUGCAUAGAAUGUGGAAAGAGUUUCAGUCAGAGCUGUCAACUGAGUUCACAUCAAAGAACUCACACCAGGGAGAAACCAUAUCAGUGCAUAGAAUGUGGAAAGAGU